UUGGUUUAUUAAUACAUAUUACAAUAUAAUUUAUUGUUAUUGUUUAUUUUAUGACGUAAAUAUACUAUAAAGUUUCAUCUCAAUGGUAAUGUUAACAAGAAGUGCAUAUAGAAAAGCGUCUGAGAGUUUCAGUAGCAGUGAUAUAUCUCAAAACAAGAAAAUUCCACCAUGGUGCUCAUCAGGGAAAGUUACAGAAAGGAAACCACGGAAAGUUGCGUCUCCAUACUGGGAAAUGCGAUCUUCGUAUCCUUUCCGGGAGAACAUAUGGGAGUAUCUUUAUGAAGAUAAGAGUAAAAACUUGAAGUGCGGUUGCAAAAGAAAGAAAGCACGCUGCAAACAAAGGAUUAACCACAAAAGUAACGGGAAAACUCUUAUAACGCUUUUGUUAGCGUUUAUCUGUUUUUGUACAAUAGUAUCUCUAUGUAUGAAUAACAAGUUUCCACAAAUCAAUUGGUUACCCAAAUUAAUAUCGAAUGACAAGUUUACGUAUCUAGUGGCGACGGAGGACUCCAUUUUAGUCAAUGAGAAAUGUUGCAGGCAGAUGAGAUAUUUGGCUGCGGAACUAAUUCGAGCCCAAAAAACUCUAAGCCGCACACUCCGAGUUCGGAAGGCGAUGGUGCCAUAUGCUGCGCAAGCUGGUAACAGAGAAGCUCUGUACAAAAGCCGGAUAGCAGAUGCGUCGGUGACAAAGGGUACGGAUACUGUAGAAUGGGGUGGCCGCUUAGCACUAUGGGGGGUUGUACCACUGUGGCGAGCCGCGCCGCCACCCGACAUUGUACUGGCUUUACGGAAACCUACGCCGGCCGACUGUUGGCCUUUCAUGGGUUCUUAUGGUGAGAUCGUCAUCGAAUUGACUGAGCAGCAAGUCAUCCAAUGUAUAAGCAUUGAACACUUACAACCAGACACCGCUCUAAGCGCACCCAAAGAAUUCGUACUAUAUGGUAUCUUAGAAAAUGGCACGUGGAUAAAUGCAAUUCACGGACAAUACUACGGGAAUGGAGCAGCUAAACAGUAUUAUCAAACAAGCAAAAGUGUUCAAUUGAAACGCCUUGUAUUUCGCGUGCUCUCAAACCAUGGGAACCCAACCUAUACCUGCCUAUAUAGAAUACAUGUAUACAGUAUUAAACAUAAGAUAUUGUAAUGUUCUUAAUAAAAAUACUAUGUUUGAUAAAUAUUUCUAGCAAUUAGUUUAUUUCGUCCCUUCCACAAAGCAACUACUUUUAUGAGAGUUUGCACAACAUUUACGUGAAUUGAACUAAAAUUUAAAUAUGUAAUAACCUGUAAUACUUCUAAGUUAGCAGUUUCAGACAAAAAUUGUAUCGUUUUAAUUGAAGUGGGCUUGAAUAUGUUGAUAAAACCUUCAAGUUACUGGCAAAUAUGUCAUGCAGUGCUCAAAAAAUUGUAGCAUAGAUAAUAUAUGUUAAAAAUCCAGGUUAUAUGUGGUGCGCACAAAAAAGGUAAUCGAGUUCCAUAUUCUACUUCAAACUAUUUCGUUUCUUUUGCUGCUGUAAUAACUCUCUGAUACAGAAAAAUAUUCCUUUCUAAGGCAAGUUUCAACAGACCAAUCCAAUA